UUCUGACAUUGGAAAAUUUCAAUUUAUAGCCGAGUAUGUUUUGUGCACUUACCUGUUCAUAAUCCAAUAACUGAUGAUAAUCAGCUCAUUAUUUCUUUAUUUCAAUUUUUGGGCUGUAAGGUUUUGAUAUUUAUUGCAGAUGGCUAGAUGGGACAAGAUUUUGUCCCUUCCCGUACAGAAUCCCUUCCCGUACAGAAUCCUUCGACCUUGGAGUUCUCUUCUGCAGAUCUUGUAUGGUCAAAGGUGGAAGGUUGGUGUGAUAAUAUAGAUAGAGUGGUUCUAAUCCCCUUUGCUAGAGUGGAUGACUUUGUGAGGGGUGAGUCCUCAAGCAAAGACUGUCCAACAAGGUUUCAUGUUGAAACAAGGCGGCGGCGGAAACUACCAAAGGCACCGUACAAGCCCAAGGUUGAUGGCAUUCUUGAAUACAUAUUGUAUUGGUGUUCAUAUGGUCCUGAUGACAACAGGGAGGGUGGAGUUGUGCGACCCAGCAGGAACACAUGUAUACGCAAGAAGACAAAUGCUGGCCGACCUAAUACUAAGAGAGGCUGCACCUGCCACUUCAUUGUGAAACGGUUAAUUGCUGAACCAUCAGCAGCGCUGAUCAUAUAUAACCAAGAUAAGCAUGUCGAUAUAAAAGGAUUACCAUGUCAUGGCCCUCAGGACAUGAAGGCUGCUGGAACACAAGCUAUGUUUGCCCCAUACAUCUCAGAGGACCUCCGUCUCCGUGUGCUAUCUUUACUACAUGUUGGGGUCUCUGUAGAGACCAUAAUGCAGCGGCAUAAUGAAUCUGUAGAGAGACAGGGUGGUGCAAACAAUCGGGAUGACCUUCUCACCCAUAGGUAUGUUCGAAGACAGGAGAGGAGCAUACGACGUUCUACAUACGAAUUGGAUGCAGAUGAUGCUGUCAGUCUAAGCAUGUGGGUUGAAAGCCACCAGACUCAUGUUUUCUUUUAUGAAGAUUUCACUGAUUCGGGCCCUUUCAUUUUGGGCAUACAAACUGAGUGGCAGUUGCAGCAAAUGAUUCGAUUUGGCAAUCGCAGCCUCAUAGCUUUUGAUUCAAGGUUUGGAACAAACAAGAUCAAGUAUCCUGUUCAGAGUCUCCUUGUGUUCAAUUCAGACAAGAAAGCCAUCCCAGUGGCUUGGAUAAUAGCACCUGCAUUUGCUAGUGGGGAUUCACACAGUUGGAUGAGGGCUUUGUACAACAGAGUUUGCACAAAAGAUCCUACUUGGAAGUUGGCUGGGUUUAUAGUGGAUGAUCCUUUGACUGAUGUCCUUGCAAUCAGAGAUGUAUUUGAGUGUUCUGUGUUGAUAUCUUUCUGGAGGGCUCGCCAUGCAUGGCAUAAGAACUUAUUGAAGAGAUGUUCAGAAACUGAGAUGUGUGCUGAGAUGUCAAGGCAACUUGGGCAAGCAGUAGAUGAUGUCUUCCAAAAGCAAGGAAAUCUUGAACCGUUUGAGAAUUUCAUGGAAGAUUUUGUGGAUUGCUCGAAUUUUAUGGAUUACUUCAAGGCAAUCUGGUAUCCUAGAAUAGGAUCUUGGAUCACUGCACUGCAAACUCUUCCAAUUGCAGGCCAGGAGACUUGUGCUGCAAUGGAAUUUUACCACAAUCAAUUGAAACUGAGGUUAAUAAAUGAAAAGGAUCCUAUUGUCUACCAACGAGUUGAUUGGUUGGUUUAUAAGUUGGGUACAAAAGUACAUUCCUACUUUUGGCUGGAUGAGUAUUCAGACAAAGAUGACUUUGCAAGAUAUUGGAAAGAUGAGUGGGUCAGUGGAUUAACAUCUUGGCGCCAGGCAUUAAAGAUUCCAGAUUCUGAUGUUGUAGUUGAAACUAGAUUUGCAAAGGUGAUUGACCAGCUUCAUCGAGAUAGAACUCAUGUUGUCUGGAAUCCUGGUUCACAGUUCAGCAUCUGUGAUUGCAGUUGGGCAGAAAUGGGCUACCUUUGUGAGCACAUAUUUAAGGUUAUGAAUCUCUGUCGUAAAGAAGGGUCUAUUUUGCCAUCUACCAACCUACUUCAGUACAAGAAGGCUUUAUUUGACAUGCUUCACUGCCCACCUCAUGAUUCCUUGAUUCGUGAUCAUGCCUUUUCUUUGGCACUCUUUAUACACAAGCAGCUAAAUGCACCAACUGAUCUUAUUCAUAAACAAACUGAGAAUGCCACUGAACAAGAUGCAAGCUGUUAUGAAGGCCAGAGAAAAAGAUACAAGUUGAUAUGAUGAGAUGAUUGGUGAUAAGAAAAUCUUUAAUUAUGAGAAUGAAAAUUUAUGGGAAAUGUAUCAGGAGAGUCUGCAAAUACCCAUGUGUGCUGGUCCUGCCAUUUGUCCCUUUUGAAAAAAUACAUUGAGAUCAUUUCGUUCUUGGUUUGAUUCUGGACAAGGGAUCUGAAUUUUAGAGAAGAAAAUUGGAAUCAGGUAAGGGUUUUAUGAUUUUUCUUUGAGAAACUAACUAGACUGCAACAUGUCCCUUGAAGUGCUUUUGGUUUUUCUUUUUGAUGGGAAAAGAAGUAGCCAAAAGUAAGUUAGUAUAGAGUGGUGGAUCUGUUCUUUAGUUUUAGUUGUUUUCAAUUUUGUCUUGUUUAGAUGAAAGUUUUCUGCUGGUGGAGAUUUAGGGAGGUUAAGGGAACUGUUAUAUGAUGGAAGUGUGAGGAGUUGAGAAAGUAAAAUCUGUUAGGCUAGUGUUUAGUGCAAGUGAAGAUGCUUGUUUUUUGGGUUGUUUUGGUUAAGGAUGAUUAGUCUGAUAAAAAUAUUUUGUUGAGUAGAAAGAUUCCUUAGAUGGUUGAAGAAAAGAAGCAAGAAUUUCUUUUUCAAAUUAAUUGUCUUAGGGCUCUUUUGGUUGGCAGGGUAGCUAUACCUUGGUGAAAUCAUAAAUUUAAAGCAUGACAUAGAAGGAAUGACUAUUCCUUGCUUUCACCAAUUUUCUAGUAUGUUAAGAGAGAAUUGUUGAAAUUGGUUGACAGUGUUAUUAGCUAUUACCACCUUGUUUUUUCUUUUUGGAACAAAAUCGAUGCAAUUAAUGGAUAGCCAUUGCUAAUAGGCCUUGCACUCUCUGCAACGAUUUAGGAUUUUCAUUUUUGAGGUUGAAGAGAUAACAGUUCUUGCUUAUUAGUUUAAGUACAAAACAGUUUGUUUAGUCUCAUAUUUGAUCCAUAUAUCCAUCUUUUAGGAUUUUUUGUAUUAUUAUUAUUUUUUUUGAAUAAAUGUGAAGGAUAAAACUUAAAUUCAAUUUCUUUAAUAAAGGUUGGCAUUAGAG